GCGAGCGCCGCCGCCGCCAUGAGUUGGGGGUUCCGGCUGGGGCUCCUGGGCGGCCUGGCCCUCUGGGCGCAGCGGCGGCGGGCAGCGGCGGCCUCCGGACGGGAUGGCGGCGACGACGGCGGCGGCGGUGGCAGGGAGCGGCGGGACCUGGAGCUGAAGCUGGUGCAGGUGGUCUUCCGGCACGGGGCGCGCACCCCGCUGCGGCCGCUCCCAGGAGCAGGGCUGCAGGUGGAAUGGAGUCCCACUCUUUUAGACAUACCUGCUCAGACGAAGUUUGAUUAUGUAGUGACUGACUUACAUGGAGGGCCUCAGCCUCACUCGCCCGACGAUGAGCAAUACAAAAAGAUCAUAUUCAAGGGUGGUGCAAUUGCAGGACAGCUGACAACAGUAGGGAUGCAGCAGAUGUUUGCCCUGGGAGAAAGGCUGAGGAGAAGCUAUGUGGAAGAAGCAAACUUUCUCUCACCAACAUUUAAGCCUGCUGAAGUCUUAGUGCGUUCCACUAAUAUUUUCCGGAAUCUGGAGUCCACACGGUGUCUGCUAGCUGGGCUGUACCAACAGCAGAAAGAAGGAUCUGUUGUCAUUGUCACUGAUGAAGCAAGCUCUGAAAUCCUCUACCCCAACCACUACAACUGCCAGCGCCUGAAAUGCUUGAGCAGACAUAAGUUGAAGAAUGCUCUGCAACAGCCAGGUAUCUCUGAUGACUUGAAAACAAUUAAGGAGAAGAUGGGUAUUGGUGGUGAUAAGUCUGUGGAUUUUUUUCUCCUCCUUGAUAACUUCCGAGCUGAGCAGGUGCACAAUCUGCCAAGCUGCCCUGUGCUGAAGAACUUUGAGGAGACGGUUGAGCAUCGAUCUGUUGAGUCAAUGCUUUUCUUUCUGGAAGAGGGUUCAAGAGAAAUUCUUCAGAUGAGUAUUGGUCUCCUUUUCAACACCUUACAGAAGAACAUUACAGAAGCAGUAGAUCCCUCAUCUCCAGCUGAAAACGCCAGAAAGCUCAUUCUGUAUGCUUCUCAUGACACAACUCUCAUUCCUCUCCUGUUGGCUCUGGGAACCUUUGAUCAGAAGUGGCCAGCAUAUGCUGCAGAUGUGACCCUGGAACUGUAUCAGCACCGGCACUCAAAAGAGUGGUUUGUGCGCGUGUCCUACCACGGAGAGGAGCAAGUGGUGAAAGGAUGUAGAGCAGGGCUCUGCCCUCUCGAAGAAUUUCUAGAAGUUCUUUCACAGUACUCAGUCACUCCUGAGAAAUACAAUAAGCUGUGCUCCCACAGGAAAUCAGAAAAAUGACUGAUAAUUAAGCUGUCCAAAAUUAAAAUCAGUUUAUUGUCACAA